AUGAGGCCUGUCAUUUAUCAUAGGGGAGCGUUUUCCGUGGUGCGCCGCUGUGUGAAGGUUCUGUCGGGACAGGAGUACGCCGCCAAGAUCAUCAACACCAAGAAGCUCACGUCCAGAGAUCAUCAGAAGCUGGACCGUGAAGCUCGGAUCUGUCGCUUACUGAAGCACCCCAACAUCGUUCGGCUCCAUGACAGCAUCUCAGAGGAGCUUCAUCAUUACCUCAUCUUCGACCUGGUAACAGGUGGAGAGUUAUUUGAAGAUAUUGUAGCCCGAGAGUAUUACAGUGAAGCUGACGCCAGUCACUGUAUCCAGCAGAUUCUGGAGGCCGUGCUUCACUGUCACCAGAUGGGCGUCGUCCACCGAGACCUGAAGCCAGAGAACCUGCUGUUAGCAUCGAAGUCUAAAGGAGCGGCGGUGAAACUCGCCGACUUUGGCCUCGCCAUCGAGGUGGAGGGAGAACAGCAGGCAUGGUUCGGCUUUGCAGGGACCCCAGGUUACCUGUCCCCAGAGGUUUUGAGGAAGGACCCUUAUGGGAAAGCAGUGGACCUCUGGGCCUGUGGUGUGAUUCUCUACAUCUUAUUGGUCGGUUAUCCUCCGUUCUGGGAUGAAGAUCAACAUCGUCUCUACCAGCAGAUCAAAGCUGGAGCCUAUGAUGUAGGUCACCUGUAGGUUACUCACCUGUAGAUCACCUGUUGGGUAGAUCACCUGUUGUUCAUGCCACCUGGAGGUCACCUGUUGGUCAUCCCACCUGGAGAUCACCUGUACAGCGUCUCACCUGUAGGUUAACUGUAGAUCCACUGCAGGUUACUCACCUGUAGAUCAUGUGUAGGUCACCUGUAGAUCACCUCAUCAUGUCCAGCAGUGGCCAAGUCAGUAGGGGCUUGGACUGGGAAUCGUAGGGUCGCCGGUUCAAGUCCCCGAACAGACUUGAAAUAUGGAAAGUGGACUGCUACUUGGAGAGGUCCCAGUUCACCUCCUAGGCCCUGCUGUGGUGCCCUUGAGCAAGGCACUGGACACCUCCAAUCCCCCCUCCCCAUUGCUCCCCGGGCGCUGCACAAUAGCUGCCCACUGCUCCUAGUACUAGGAUGGGUUAAAUGCAGAGGACCAAUUUCACUGUGUGCUCUGCUGUGUGCAUGCAUGUGACUAAUAAAGAGGUUUUCAUCUGGAGAUUGUCGUGGAAAUUCCACACUUAAUCACCUUCUUCUGGUAAGGAAAGAACAAAUCUACAAGCUUCAAAUCAAAAGGUAUGAAGGACAGAUACCCUGCACAACCAAAGUAGUACAAGGAUCUGACCCCGAUCAAACAUUAAACCAGAUGCUUAAGGGGAAGGAAGGAGGGGAAACUGCCAAUCAGAUUCUACAUUCUACAUUCUACAUUCUGACUGUGCAUCACCUGUGGAUCACCUGUGUAUCACUUGUGGAUCACCUGUAGAUCACCUGUGCAUCAGCUAGAGAUCACCUGUAGCUGUUUUUCU